AUGAGCGAGGAAAAAGAAGCCUUCCGACUCCGGGAGCGCCUCGCCCUCCCUCCCGGAUACGAAGAAGCAAUCGCCAGCUCCUCUCGUUCCGACAUCAGCGACAAUGACGACGAACCGAACGAAAACCAACGCCUGCUAUUUUCUUCCGAUUCUCACAACAAUAGCACCCGUAAUGGUGGAGACGGUGACGACGAUGACGAUAACAACAACGGCAAUAUAAAUGUUGGUAGUGGCAGUGGUAGUGGUGGUUCUGCAAAUCCCCCUCAGGCCGCUACAUCCGGGUCGCGAAGUAACAACGCAACGCGGCCAGAUGGAUAUCGUGCUCCAACCGUCAGAUCCGUACGAUCUUCAUUCGACAGUAAUUCUUCUUUCCUCCCGUCGUCUUCGUCUUCGGAUUCUGGUGAAGAUGGCGACGGUCGGAGACGGUCGACUGAAUCGCUGCGGCGAAUCCUUGAGGUUAUGGAUAUUGAAGAACCGGAAUACGACGGACGGUCUUCCAGAAUACGGGAACGAAUAUCGAAACCUUUUUCAAUAUUAGGAGGGGCCAUAUCUUCGUUUGGGAGUAGAGUUGGUUCGCGGUUCGGGUGGUUCACCAGUCGCAUACCGAGUAUGCCGCGGUUGCCCAACUUUUUGAGGUUUCCGGCCGAUGAGGAUGGGAUUAUCAACUUGCAGAGGUUUAUCGGGGUUAUCAUCGUGGUUAUUAUAGUCUAUGCGAUAUUUGCGACGGAUGUAUUCACAAUGCGCAUGAACCAAGGUCACCAGUACGAUCCGGAUUCCGUCAAGCGCUAUCUUAUCGAUAAUGUCGACCCGGAGAACAUAAAGCAUAUGCUUAAAUAUCUCUCAAGCUUUGAUCACCUGGCAGGUACGGAGGGAGACUAUCAAAUGGCCCAAUAUGUUGCUGGGAAGUUCAAGGAGACUGGUAUGCGGGAUGUUCGGACAGAGGAAUAUGAGGUAUACCUCAACUAUCCCAAUAAGGACGGGAAAGGACGAAGGAUAGCCAUAGUCGACCCUCCAGAGCUGAGAUGGGCGGCAACUCUCGAAGAACAGCAUUUCGAUACCUCGAAACAUCCAGGCAAAAUCACACCGGCAUUUCACGGCUACUCCAAAUCAGGCAACGUUACAGGACACUUGGUAUACGCGAACUAUGGAUCGAAACAGGAUUUUGAGUAUCUCAAGUCGAAAAAGGUGCAAUUGAAGGGCUCGAUCGUGCUGGUCAGGUACUUUGGAACGGAAUCCGACCCUGCGAUAAAGGUUAAAAUGGCCGAAGAUGCUGGUGCUGCAGGAUGUAUCAUUUAUACCGACCCGAAAGAAAAUGGUAUGGUGAAGGGGAAGGUGUGGCCGGAGGGACGAUGGGCACCAGAUGAUUUUGUACAAAGGGCUUCUGUGGGAUUGACGAGGUAUCAGCCUGGAGACCCUCUAUCACCAGGUGUUGCCAGCGAUUUCAAAAACAAGAGGAUAAAGAAGGAAGAUGCUGUGAUGAGCAAGAUCCCUAGUUUGCCUUUGGCGUGGCGAGAUGCCCAGAAGCUUAUCGGGGCGCUAAAAGGACAUGGCUCGAAAGUUAAUGAUGACUGGAAGGGCGGUAUUCCCGAUGUUGAGUGGUGGACCGGUGAUAAGAACAGCCCGAAGGUCAACUUGAUGAAUCUUCAAGUUGAGCAUGACAAACAGAAGAUUUGGAAUAUCCUCGCCACGAUCGAAGGCUUCGAGCAACCUCGUAAAGCUAUCAUCAUUGGCAGCAAGCGGGAUUCGUGGGCCUAUGGCGCAACUUCUAUGACUGGUACUGCUAUAAUGCUAGAGAUGAUGAGAGUGUUCGGCCAGAUGUAUGAUAUUGGAUGGCGCCCAGCGAGAACAAUUCACUUUGCGAGUUGGGAUGGUAGCCAGUACGGUUUAGUCGGAUCUACCGAAUGGGUCGAACAAUACGCCAACGAGCUACGGAUGGACGGCGUUGUAUAUAUCAAUGUUGGUACUGCUGUCACUGGCUCUCAGUUCAAAGCUCGAGGUUCUCCAGCUCUGCAGCUUGCCCUCAAUACUGCACUCGGCUGGUUCAUGGAUCCCUCGACAAACUCGACGAUGCUGGAAUCAAGAGGCGAAAGAAGCUUGGCUGGGCCCGCGAUCAAUACGGACAGUCUCGCAUUCACCAAUUUUGCCGGUAUGGCCGCGAUUGAUAUCGGAUUUGAAGCUGAAGAUGGCGACCAAGCUAUCCCUCUCCACUCUGCCUACGACAGUUAUGAAUGGAUGACCAAAUUCGGCGACCCGAAAUGGGAGUUUGUCCCACUGUUGGCCCAGGUCUGGGGUGUCCUCACGAUCGUAAUGAGCGACAACCUCGUCAUCCCCCUGAAUUACGCGGAUUACGCUGUAUCUCUUAACCGACACCUUGACGAUUUGAAAAGAUGGGUUGAUGAGAAGAGGGAAAAGCGGAGACGACAUGGUCAUGAAGAUGCAAACAUCGAUUGGAAACCUAUGAAGGACACGAUCAGGAAGCUGCGCGAGGACAGCCUUCACUUUAACGACUUUAUAUCCCAACUUGAGAAUACGCUACUCCAGCUGGAUGGCACGGAGCCGGCUGCUAUGACUGUGGAGAGGCUAGAGCACAAUAAUAAGGUUGCGAUGUUCGAGACUCAUAUGCUAGAUAUGUCGGCUGUUCCCGGGCGACCGUGGUUCAAGAAUACGAUAUUUGCUCCUCAGGUCCGGAGCGAGCUCGACCACCUGUGGUUCCCAGCCAUUGUCGAUGCCGUUGAGGCUGACGAUUGGGAAAAAGCCCGAUUCCAGUUGGAGCGAUUGAGACAAAUCAUUGACAAUGCUUCCAACUGGAUAAAGAGAUGA